GCCGCCUCCCUCUUCUCUUCGCCGCCUCGUCCUUGUCCCCCCCCUCGCCCGCCCGCCGCCAUGGCCUCGGGGGUCACCGUCUGUGACAAAGUCAUCCAGGUCUUCAAUGACAUGAAGGUGCGCAAACACGCCCCCCAGGAGGAGCAGAAGAAGCGCAAGAAGGCCGUCAUCUUCUGCCUGAGCGAGGACAAGAAGAAGAUCAUCCUGGAGGCCGGGAAGGAGAUCCUGGUGGGCGACCUGGGAGACACCGUCGACGACCCCUACCUGCACUUCGUCGCCAUGCUGCCCCCCAGCGACUGCCGCUACGCCCUCUACGACGCCACCUACGAAACCAAGGAGAGCAAAAAGGAAGACCUGGUCUUCCUCUUCUGGGCACCGGAGAGCGCUCCUUUGAAGAGCAAGAUGAUCUACGCCAGCUCCAAGGAUGCCCUCAAGAAGAAAUUUCCAGGCAUCAAGCACGAAUGGCAAGCAAACGGCCUAGAAGACAUCAAAGACCGCCAGAGUCUAGCAGAAAAGCUGGGGGGCAACUGCGUCAGCUUGGAGGGCAAGCCCGUGUGAGACCCCCCCCUCCUCUCCUUCCCAGGUCCCCUGUCGUGCCAGUGACUCUGGAGCUUCCAUGUUAAUGGCCCCGUGCUACUGUUGGGGGGUUGGGGGGUCCUUCCUUUUCUUGGUUCCAUUCCAGUUGUUGUUUUUCCCCCCCUUCCCUUCUCAUCUUCCCGGCCUGGUGCUCUCCCCUCCUGUCUCAACAGCUGGCCUGCAGGGCUGCUGUUCGAAUUUUGCCAAAUGCUACAGCUUCUUUUCCCCCACUCCUUCCUUCCUUCCUUCUUUCUUUCUUUCUCUCUCCCCCCCUUUCCAAACCUUUGGGUUGAUAUUCCUAAGGGGGGGGAGGGGGUGUCUCCAUUCCUCAGUCUCUUCCUUGGUUUUCUUGGUCCACUUCUCCUCCUCCAAGGAUAACGAUGGCGGUAAGCAACCGACGGUUGGGAUAAUGGGGACCCGAAUUUCCAGAAUUAGUCCAUUUUCCAGUGUGUACAAAAGAGAAAAAAGUUGUUUUUUUUAAAUGGGUCUCUGUACGUGUGUGGUUUUUUUUUGUUUUGUUUCGGUUUUUUUUCCCGAGAGAAAGCGUGGAAUGGCAUCUGCGUCCCCAGCCCCCUUUCCCCGUGAUGGCUUCCUCCCCCUUCCUCUUCUUAACUGCCAUAGUAGCUCUGUGCUUUGUCUGUAGUACUGUGUACAAAUAAAAUAUUGUGGAAAAAGAAAAACAGUUGCACCCAUCUCUACGUUGGGGUGGAAUUAACAAACGUAUGGAAGCAGCACCACCAAGAACCUUCGGUAAUAAAAUAAAACAAAAAAAAGUUCUACCUU